AUGGCCGCCAUUCCGCUCUAUGACAUCACCGUGGGCUGCGCCCUCGACGCGAACAAGACGCUCCUCCACAUCAUCAAGAAGGCUCAGGCCCAUCCGGAUGCGGCGUCUUUCGCCUCAGCCCGCAUUUACCCGGACAUGCUCCCCUUCACGUUCCAAGUCUACACCGUCACCAACUUCAGCAAGAAGAUGGUUGAGCGCCUGACGGCCCGCGGGGAAUCCAUCGGGGCGUGGGAGGACAACGAGGAGACCCUGGAGCAGCUGGUAGCGCGCGUCGAGAAGACCAUUGCCCUGCUGGAGGGGGUGAAGAGGGAGGAAGUUGAGCCCAAGGAGCAGACCAUCUCAUACGGGCCGAAGUAUCACAGCGUCCAGGCGACAACGAACCAGUACGUGCUCGGCUACGCGCUCCCGAACCUGCUAUUCCACUUGAGCACGGCGUACGACAUCUUGCGGAUGAAGGGUGUCGAGUUGGGCAAGGGCGACUUCCUGAAGUACUAUGCCAAGGACAUCGCGCCCGUACCUAAGGAGGAGUAA